AUGGCGCCCCGCCCUAAGAUGGCGCCCCGCCCUAAGAUGGCGCCCCGCCCUAAGCUGGCGCCCGCCGCUCCGGAAGCGGCGGCUGAUGCUUAUUUGCAGGUGUAUUUCCACUCAAACAAACCUGCCCCAGAGCUGUUGAAUGAAUACUCCCGCAAAGUAGACUUUCUAAAGGGACUUUUAGAAGCCGAAAAAUUGCCAUCAUCAACUGAAAAGGCCCUGGCUAAUCAGUUCUUGGCCCCCGGACGCACCCCUACGACAGUCAAAGAGAGAACCCCAGCCACCAAAACGGUUCAUCUGCAGACAAAGGCUCGUUGCACAGGCAAGAUGAGGAGUGAGCUGCUUGGUACAGUAUGUUCUGGUGCUGCUGUUUCUUUAUUUGUAAGGAAACGGAAGGGCCUUGCGUCUGAUGAGAAGCAGUCUGCAGUCGAGCUCGAUGCCGUGUUGCAACGCCAUCAGGAUAUGCAGGAGAAGUUAGCCGAAGAAAUGCUAAGUUUGGUUCGCAGUCUGAAAAACAACACUCUGGCUGCACAGAAUGUGAUAAAACAAGAUAACCAGACUUUAUCCCAUUCCCUCAAAAUGGCAGACCAGAACUUUGAGAAGCUCAAGGACGAAUCUGACCGCCUCGAACAGCACGCAAAGAAAUCAGUCAACUGGCUACUUUGGAUAAUGUUAAUUGUAGUUUGUUUUAUAUUCAUCAGUAUGAUCCUUUUUAUUAGAAUCUUCCCUAAACUAAAAUAACUCUUUAGAACUGC